UACCCGGGUACCGCGCGCGAUCAUCGGCGCGCCGGCCGAGCCGAGAGACAUAUUUUUCUCUCUCUCUCUCCUCCUCUUUCUUUCUCUCUUUCUCUCUCUCUCUCUCCCCCUCUUUCUUUCUCUCUUUCUCUCUCUCUUUUCUCUUUCCCUGUCCUUUCCCCUUUCAUCCGCAUAUGAUAUCGCGGAUCUCGCGACUCGUUCGAGGAACGUCCGAUUGUCGUGGUACAGCGACGGUGAGAUAAGACUGCCGCUGUCGGUGGUGCGCGUCGGAGUCGGUGAUAGACACGCGAGCGAUGCGCUGCACAGCGGUCAUUAUCACGUGAGGAGGAAAGAACUGUCCGGCCGUUCCCCGCCGGUCCUCCGAACGCGAUCGGCGUUUUUUUUUUACAAGGACACCUCUGUUUAUCAUAUAAUACCCCGUGCAUAAUGGAUUCUCAAUUCGUGAUAGUACCCAACUAAUGUCACGUACAAUCGUAUUACGAGAGAGAAAUUAUCUCUCCUGGAAACGCAACUGUAAUUGACAAUUUGAUCCCGAAGUUUCGCGGAGCAAUUAAGAGGAUACCGCGUGAAGAAGGAAGGAAGGAAGACGUCGUCGGUGUCGUCGAGAAAGCGGAGCGGCGAGCCCGUGAGAGUUAUUUAAAUCCGCUCCUCGUCGCGUCUGAGGAGCCUGUCGUUACUGCGAGAAACUAGUCUAAAUGUGUUCGAUAGCGAUGCCGGCCGAACUGAUGCUGCACAGCCCCCCGGUGUACAGCCCCCUGCUGUACGGCCCCUUGGUGGUCACGGCGCCGACGAUCACCAGCCGAUCGGUGCCGCCCAGAAUCAGGCCGUGCCUUUCUUCGGGAUCCUUGUCCCUGGACUCGCUGCGAAAUAACGAUGGCAAACAGAAGAAACGGGUGGUGUUCGCCGAUGAUCGCGGCCGCCCUCUCACACAGAUUCGCGUGAUGUCGGAACCGAGCAACGUACCACCACUGUGGAGCACGGCUUACGUGGCCGGCCUGACCGGCGGUCUGCUCGGCAUAUCGAAGGAUCAGAGUCAGGAAGCGGCGCAGGACGCCACGCCGCCGUGGCAGGUGACCUUCCCGCAGCCGGCGAGCGACUAUCUCGCCUUUCGGCGUAAGCUCGAUCAGAACAACGUCAGCCUGGAGAAUGUGAUCGUCCGCGAGUCCGAGCAGUGUCUGGUGGGCACGGUGAAGGUACGGAAUCUGGCCUACGACAAGGAGGUCGUGGUAAGGGCCAGCAGCGACGGCUGGUCCACCCACGAGGACGUGCAUUGCACAUACGUGGCGCAGCCGGGGUCGCCGGGUCCCCUCAUCCUGUACGACACCUUCCGUUUCCGGCUCACCUUGCCGGUGGCGUCGAACGUCAUCGAGUUCUGCGUGAGGUAUCGCGCCGAGGGCAGGGAGUCGUGGGACAACAACGAGAGCCAAAACUAUGUGGUUAGGAAAAAGCAGGAGCCCCGAGUGCCGGCGACACGAUAUGACAAUGUCCAGACGGCGAAAUGCGACGGGCUCUCUAACGGCAAUGGGACGAGGGAUGGCAGCGUGCCGCAGAUCGCGGAUGCCACCAGGUUGAACAUGCGUACCUGGAGCGAGUUCGCGUCCUGGCAGCACCUGACCAACGACGCGCCCUACUGGUGAAUCGACCGGGCGAGGAGGUCGUGUGGCCCCCCUUCGUCUCGGUAUCGAAAUAUCAUCAUGUACGAAGCUGUACAAACUCUUCCAAGUCCUUCUCACCUCGGCGACGUUCGCCGGGACGUAGAUCACGCGGGACCACGAGCAGCACAGGAGGCAUCUCGAGGCACGUGAGUCGCCAGGGACGUGGGAACGGGGAGGAAUAAACGCGAGGACGUGAAGAGAGAGAUGCUGUGCGACGAAUUGAGAACGAGGAAACAAGAGCGCGCGUGCGGGAGAAAAAAAAGAACGAAAACGGGAGGGAGCGAUAGCGCGGGCGGCGGAGCCGGACGACGCCGAGCGUCGGAUAACGCAAUCUGCACGGUAAGCCCCGAUUCUCUCCCCUUAUCGCCUCUUUCGUGUAAGAAUACUUCGCCGAGUUUUAGCGCUUAUUUUCACGAUUGCCUGAAAGAAAGAAGCGAUUCGCGUGAUAAAAUGCUGCUUAUAAACGCUGAGAAAAUGCUGAGUAAGCGCUAUAUGUACUUAAACAUUCGCGAUGGAACGAAAAUCUGAGAGGGGACACACAGUUUUUAAUAAUUACAUUAUUUAAGAGAACAUACACGUGUAUACACGCAAAAUGUUUACGCGCGCGCAUUUUUUUUAAGUAAUUCUUCCAGAAUAGAAAUGUUUAAUCAAACGCGCGCAAACAUAUCGAGUUUCGUUGCACGUACGUUUCGUAAAUUUGAUUCUUCGUCAACUUUCACCGCCAUACUUAAGCCGAACGGAUCUACUCGAGUACUCGUAGCUUUACAUUCCUUACGCGUGCUUGAAAUGGCAAGUAUUUUUAUAGAUUGAUCCAUGCACGCGCGACAUAAAAUAAAAAGCGAGAAUCAUGCAGUUAUACAUAUACCGAUACAUCGUACUCGAAUUUUCAAUGCAGCAACAUUCACACAAGAUCAAUAUGCUGCUUUUAGAGGGAAUAUAAUAUGCUCUCGAAUUUUAAUGAAGCAUAUUUCAAGUAUACUUGCGAGAACGUUUACUCGUUAAAUAAACGUGGAAAAUAUUUUAAGAGAAAACAAUAAAUA